AUGAGCAGCUGCAACUGGCAGAAACUUGCCGGAGGCUUUUGGGUGGCAUCGCCCUUUUCUCUUCAUUAACCCGCGGGCGAGCCGAGCCAGGGGAGGAUGAGGUCGUCCUGUGUCCUGCUCACGGCCGUGGUGGCGCUGGCCGCCUAUUACGUCUACAUCCCGCUGCCCAGCUCCGUGUCCGAUCCCUGGAAGCUGAUGCUGCUGGACGCGACUUUCCGGGGCGCACAGCAAGUGAGUAACCUGAUACACUACCUGGGACUGAGCCAUCAUCUGCUUGCACUGAAUUUUGUGAUCAUUUCUUUCGGCAAAAAAAGUGCAUGGACGUCUGCCCAAGUGAAGGUGACUGACACUGACUUUGAUGGUGUGGAAGUCAGAGUGUUUGAAGGCUCUCCAAAGCCAGAAGAGCCGCUGAGACGCAGCGUUGUUUAUAUCCACGGAGGAGGCUGGGCCUUGGCAAGUGCAAGACUCAGGUAUUACGAUGAGCUGUGUGCAGCAGUGGCUGAGGAACUGCAUGCUGUCGUUGUCUCCAUUGAUUACAGGCUAGUUCCAAAUGUUUAUUUUCCUGAGCAAAUUCAUGAUGUUGUACGCGCCACAAAGUAUUUCCUGCAGCCAGAAGUCUUACAGAAGUAUAUGGUUGACCCAGGCAGAAUUGCCAUUUCUGGUGACAGUGCUGGUGGGAAUUUGGCUGCUGUCCUUGGACAACAGUUUAAUCAAGAUGCUGACCUAAAAAGUAAGCUCAAACUGCAGGCUUUAAUUUAUCCAGUUCUUCAAGCUUUAGAUUUUAACACACCCUCUUACCAACAAAAUGUGAAUGCCCCAGUCCUGCCCCGCUAUGUCAUGGUAAAGUAUUGGGUGGACUACUUCAAAGGCAACUAUGACUUUGUGCAGGCAAUGAUAGUUAACAAUCACACUUCACUUGAUGUGAAAGAGGCUGCUGCCCUCAGGGCCCGUCUAAACUGGACGGCCCUCUUGCCUGCAUCCAUCACCGAGAACUACAAGCCUGUUGUGCAGACCACGGGCAAUGCCAGGAUCAUCCAGGAGAUCCCUCAGUUGCUGGAUGCCCGUUCUUCCCCACUCAUCGCAGACCAAAAAGUGCUACAGCACCUCCCAAAGACCUAUAUUCUGACGUGUGAGCAUGAUGUCCUAAGAGAUGAUGGGAUCAUGUAUGCCAAGCGUUUGGAGAGUGCAGGUGUGGAGGUGACCCUCGAUCACUUUGAGGAUGGCUUCCAUGGAUGCAUGAUUUUCACCAGCUGGCCCACCAACUUCUCAGUGGGAAUCCGGACUAGGAAUAGUUACAUCAAGUGGCUGGAUCAAAACCUUUAAAGGAGUAAAACUUCUAGAAGUCUCAAACCCCUCCUGACCUCCUGCACCUGCUUUGGAAAGACAAGCACUUUUUAGUUGACUAAUUUCCCCCAGUUACUUGUUAGAUAUGGAAUGUCUAUUUCCUUCAGACUUUAUGGUAAUUUAAUUUUUUUUGAAAUGAAUUUGACUAACUUGAGUGCAAAAACAUCUUAAUUUGAUUCCCAAAGUGGGCUGGUCUCUCUGUUUUUAUUAUUUUAGCCAACUACUAAUACCCACCAGCUGUAGAAAGCAGGACUAGGAGCUGGAAAUCACCUUGGGUCCUGCCUUAAUCCAGAUGUUCUUUUCAGAAGAAAUUCUUCCAGUUGUGGAUGAUAUAAUGACCUUUAAUGAGUUAAGAAAAUGUGGGCUCUUAUUCAGCUUGCUAGAGUUUACUUUCAGUUCAGAGCAGUGUUAAAUGUGUGCACCAUCAGGUCAGUGCUAGGGACAUAGUGCCGUCUGUUCUUUGUGGAUGGAUGGUUUUGUUUCUAUGGGAAUUUCAGCAAAGGCUUUCUAGCAAGGACAAGUUUCUCAAAGGACUUUCUUCCUCUGGAGUGUCAAUUUUAUGGGAUGGCUAUCUAUAAGUCCAUUUGGGUUAUAAGGACACUUGCGAGUUACUUUCUACCAUUAUUAUUAGAAAAUAUGAGGUUGCAUGCACUGGCUAUCCGUACAUCAGUAUGUUUUUGUUGUUUUUUGGUUAUUCCAUCUCCUUGGGGAGAUCCUUUGGGAGUGAAUUUAUUUAGAUUUAGAAUAAAUUUUCCAUUACAGAACAAGUAAAAAUAGACAAAUGAAACAUCCUAUUGUUUCAUAAAAAUACUUCUGAUGUAAAUUACCAAGAGCAGUGUGUAUAUAUUUGGCAUAGUCAGAAAAUACAUUUAAUAUAAGUUUAAAAUUCUGAAAAAGACCUUUAGCGGGUCAACUUUUUUUACUUAGAUGGAUUUUAAAUGGGGCUAUUUUGGUAUUAUAUAAUGUAUUGCUUAUUUUUUAAAGUUAUUCAGUGUUAAUAUAUAUAGCUAGACUUAGGAUUUUUCAGAAUAAUGUCUGUAAUAAAUAUUAGAAAUAAUGGUAUUUUUUAAAAACCACCUUAGAAUUAUAUCUACAUGUAGUUUUAUGGAAACAGAAAAAAUAGUUAUUAUUACUCCUCCUAUACAUUACACCUAAAUAUUUUGUUGUUUAUAUGCAUAUACAAGUUAAAAUAAUUAGAAACUAUGACUGCACUUGGUAAAGUCAUCUAAACUUAUAGUUCAGUAGCCUAGGCAAGACACACACUGCUCACCUCUGUUCUUUAUAGUUAGAGGAACACUAGCCUCUGAGUGAAGGGCAUACAUUGGCACCUGGUGUCUACAUCCGCCAUUUUCUCCUUCCAGCCAAGUCUAGAAGUUCUAACAGCCUGAGCUGAACUUCAUGUAAAGUCUUCACUGCCAGUGAGAAUAUCUUUGGCACAGGAAGAAACUCCAGUUCUGAUUUGAGUUGAGUUCCUCUGCCCUCCUUCUAGCCACCCUUACUUCUGCCCCAAUCCUUGCCACUUUUAGGGAUUGUGGAUAGCAAGUACAGCUGAGUAAUGAUAAAAUGCACUGUGGAAGGUGGAAACUUUUCACUCCUUUGAAAGACUGGUAUUUUCCACUUCUGGAAUAAAAUAAUGAACAAUUGCAUACAUAUUUUUCAUUUACUGUAUGAGCCAGGAACAUUUUAUGUACAAAGCAGAAGUAAAUGCAACAGUGUGUGUUUGUGUGUGUACCUUUGUAUGUAUAAAAAUAUCAUACAAGCUAACUUGCUAAUGUACUUAGGCAAGUCACUUAUCAUCUCUGGGCCUCUUCUCGCUUUCCUCUAAAAUCAGAGAGCUAAACCACUUGAUCCUUGAGGUCUCUUUCAGCUGUAAAUUACAACCAUUUUGUCAGACUGGCAAAUUGUAUUGGCCUCUUCUAUGGCGGUUUUUUGGUAGGUCACAAUUCUAUACACACAGACACAUGCAUCAUGACAGAUUUUUUUUUCAAAAAAUAACUGGAUUUUAGUUCUUACUCUAUCAUAGCUAUCCUCCUCAUAUAAUAUUGUUCUUUUUGACACCAUUUGGAGGAACCUACAUUUGGUCUUUAUUUUGGAAUCAUCUACCUCUAAGAAAGACAAAACAAAGUGACAAUUUUCCCCAGAAUUAUGAGACAAAUCUUAGAGUAAUUCCAGAUCUCUAAAGGGUUCAUGCAGAUGAAAAGGGAAUUGAAGGAAAAAAGGGAUCAGCCACUAUUUCUGAUAAAAUACUUGAGUUUCAUUGUUCUUUUAGUUUUUAUUCUUAUGAAAAAUGUUUACACUCUGCAGAUUGAUCUUUUUAAAAAUUAUUUUGGCUUUGUUUUAUUUUCCAUUGCACAAAAACAUUGUAAUCUUUUUGUAAUAUUGUUGUCUGUGAAACAUGAAUAUUAAUAUAUGAAGAAAAAACCCUGAAGAUACUGCAAAAUAUAGUGAAGUAUAAAUUAUUAUUAUUAUUAUUAUUAUUAUUAUUAUUAUUAUUGGUGGCUGGCUGGUACGGUAUAAAUUAAUCUUAAUGUUUUAUCAUUGAUUUGUGAAGAAUUUAAGACUAUUAUAUAAUUAUAUUGGUAAAUAUAAUAUUUUAUGCAUGACCUUUUAACUUUGACUUUUUGCUUAUUUCCCAUUGCAAAGGGGAAGGCAGAUUUUAUGAAGGAUUUCAGUAGCAUAUAUGUUUUAUAAAAUGAAAAUCCAAUGUGAAGAUAAGAAAGUAUAUAUAUCUGUUUCAAAUCAUGUUUGGAAAUAAAAUGGCUCCAUCUGAGAA